GAAUUCCCCGGCGUUGUUUAUUUAGGCGAAACCUCAGCUGCUCAGACUCUGCACAGGGUUGCACGGUGUGUGUGGUAGUACUCGUAGUAAUGCAGUCCUUUCGAUUUUUGUUGCUUUGCUUCAAAAUGAAAACCAUGCUCGGCUAAAUCUGCGUUGCUGAGAGAGACAAAAACAGGAACAUGAAAUGGAGAUCACACGGGCCAGACCGUCCUUGUAUGGAGAAAUCGCACACGGCCUUGGAUUCUGGACAGACCGGUCAGCAGUGCACGAGGCUGCUGCACAAGGCAGGGCCUUCCAGUUGCAGCAGCUGAUCGAGGGAGGUGCCGCAGUUAACAUAGUGGCUGUGGACUCCAUCACCCCCCUGCACGAGGCCUGUAUACAGGGACAGGCCCAGUGUGUUAGACUGCUGCUGGAUGCUGGCGCACAGGUGGAUGCUCGUAACAUCGAUGGUAGCACGCCGCUGUGUGAUGCGUGUGCAGCUGGAAGUCUGGAUUGCGUCAAGCUGCUGCUGGAGUAUGGAGCAACUGUAAAUCCUCCCCUGUUCACCUUCUCACCUCUUCAUGAAGCCUGCAUGGGAGGGAAUUCAGAUUGUGUUCAGCUCAUGAUCAAUCAAGGAGCUCACAUGGAGGCCCAUGACUGCCACUAUGGGACACCGCUCCAUGUAGCCUGUGCCAGGCAACAUUAUGACUGCGCCAAAGUUCUCCUCAACGCAGGGGCAAACGUGAAUGCUGCCAAGCUCCACGAGACAGCUCUUCAUCACGCAGCCAAGGCAAAAAACACAGAUUUGAUUGAGUUGCUUGUGGAGUUUGGGGGGAAUGUGUACGCCACGGAUAACCUGAACAAGAAACCUAUCCACUACACCACUCUGGGAUCCCCAUCGUAUCUCUGCCUCGAGUUCUUUGAGAAAUACCCCCUGAGUUUACAGCAGAUCAGCAGGGUGGCAGUGAGGAGGAUUCUCGGCACAAGAGCGCAUAAAGUUGUUUCUAGGCUGGACUUGCCUAAUCGUAUCAUAAGCUUCCUGUCUUACAUUCCGGCUCCAGUCAUUGAAAUUUAAUCGCUGGUUGCAACGGCUGUUCCUGUGGCCCUUUCUUCUGAAAAUCAUGUGACAGGAUGUUUGAGCUGACAGUGAUACCACACAUUUCCCAAACUAGAUGGGUGUAUAGAUUUUUAUUUUAUUUUAUUUUUUUCAGUUAAAUACAAUGACUUUUUGUCUAAGCAAACUGAAAAUGGGAUUUUUUUUUUUUUAAGGUCAUAGCUACAGCAACAAAUUAUUCUGACAAACGGAAAGAAAACCCUGCAGUAUUUAGCCUUGACGUUUGACGUAGUUGGCAAACCUUAGCCUCUGCAUCAAAUGAAUGUUAGGUCAAAUGUUUUUUAAUGCCCUUUUCCUCUAAUUUGCUCCACCCAAUACCGAGAAAAAUCUCCGCACCUUCUAGUGUUUAGGGCUUUGUUCCUUGGUAGGUUGUGCACAAUUUAGGCAAGCAAUUUGCUGCUCUGUGCGAAGACCGAAAGAUUAAUUUUUGCCUUUUAAGGCCAUGCACAGCAAGUGUCAACCUUACACAGGGGGUUUCCAUAUUUUAGAUGUCCUUUGAGAACUGUGGUGGUGUGUGCCGACUUGUCUGGCACAUUCCCGGUGUGUAUUUGUUGCAACAGGCCAAGUUCUACCUUUUAAUAUCCAUUAUUAGUAGUUUUGAAUUCAUGUACUCCCCACCCCAUACUGAUACCAAGUCCUGAAUUGGUAUCAGUAUCGGAGCGCACCUGUGUGUAUUCAGAGGCUUUGGGAGCACCACUCAUCAUUUCACAUUUCUUGGAAUAAUUUGUGUUGAUAUAACACCGUUUGCUUUGUGGAGUUUGAGAUGACAAGAAAAUACUUGUUUUGUGUCAAGAACAAGACAAGUAUUUUCUUGCUAUACUUGUCCAAGUAUGUGUGAAUGUAAGUUUGAAGACCAAAAAAAACUAAAACCCUGCAAUAUCCUGUAAUACUACAUUAACUGUUUUGGCAACAUGUGGUUUGAUUACUAGGACUGCAUAUGAAUAUGAAUUUGUAUGUAUUCUGUAAGUAUUUAUUUUUAAUGUAAAUUUGUACAUAAUACAGAUGGUUCUACCUCUAUCAAAUCUGUGUAAAUAAAUACCAGAUGACUACCACAUGAAUUUAAAAAUAA